AUGAACUUUGUAAAUCGCAAUGGACGUCAGAUCCAAUAUUGCAAGGCUGCGAAGAAAUUAAACUUGUUGCAUCUUCCGGACGACCUCACUGUAAUGAUCAUUGGGAAACUUACCGCAAUCGAGAUCUUAACCAGUGCUCAGUUCGUGUGCCGUAGAUGGCGGAGAAUCUGCAUGGAUCCGCUCAUGUGGCAAACCGUCAAUAUGUGCGACAUUCGGAUUCGCAAUGCAGUGGAAUAUAAAUUGGUGGAGAAGAUGUGCCGCCAUGCAAUUGAUCGUAGCUGUGGCCAGUUAGAAGACAUAAGUAUCAAGUAUUUUGGCACCGAUGAUCUCCUCAAAUACAUAAUUGACUCGGGAUGUCAUAAAUUGCGACGUCUGCGACUUGUUCAAUGCUUGAAUCAAAUUUCAGACAAAGGAUUAUGUAAGAUGGCUGAAAAGCUUCCAUUGUUGGAGGAACUUGAAAUUACCCUUUGUCUCAAUGUAUCUGGUAUUGCUUUAGAGGCAAUUGGUCGAGGUUGUCCUCUUCUAAAAUCAUUGAAGUUUAACUACAAUCGUAACAAUACUGGGGAAGAAUUUGCUAUUGCGCAAAAUAUGUCCAACUUGCGUCAUCUCCAACUUGUUCCAAGCAGCUUCAAUAAUAGUGGCUCGAGAGCCAUUCUUAAUGGUUGUCCUCAUCUUGAAUAUCUGGAUUUACACGAAUGUGACAUAGUCGAGGUGGAGGGGAUAUUGAAGACAAGAAGUAAAAACUCAAGUGAACUCGACUUCACAUUAAGUUAA